AUGGACCCUUCACCUCCAUUCAAGCGACUUCCUGAGCCUCAAGAAGAGGACAAACUUUUGAAAAGAGCCCGUGUUGACCCGAAGUCCAACACUGAGUAUGAGCCGACUCGGGUUCUUUUUAUUCGCGGUCUGAAUCAAAAUGUAAAAGAAAAAGAUGUAGUUGAUCUUUGUUCUCAGGUCGGAGUUGUUGAACAAGUGUUUUUGCUUCGUAAUAAAGGUCAAGCUUUCGUUGAAUUUGAUUCGCUUGAGGCUGCUGAUUUUUGUCUGCUGCACUUUUCGAGAGCCCCUGCAUUUUUGAAUGGGAAUCGGCUCUUUUUUUCAUAUUCAGGCAGACAAGUGAUUACUCGGAAGCCUCAUGAGCCUGCACAGCCGUCUAAAGAACUGCUUCUUACGAUUACUCAAGCCCGCUACCCUGUCACUGUUGAUGUCAUUGGGAAAAUCUUGAUACCAUAUGGCAGAGUGGUCAAAACUCGGAUCUUCCCGAGGAAUUUUGGAUACCAGUGCAUAUAUAUACAUAAAAUUGCGUAUGGCGACCGACUCGUCCUCCCAGCGACGGUAACCCGUGCAUAUCCGGGCAUAGUUUGUUGGGGAAGAGGAUGGCCCAGCAGCAUCUGGAUCCCAGUAGCGAUGGGCAUAAGCACGGAUCCGCUGGUUGUGACAAGAUCCUAUGGCAAUUUCCUUUGACUCCUUUUUCCAGCAGCAGCAGCAACACCCAAGCCAGUGGCUGCCUGAGAUGGAGCAGGGCGACAUACCUGUUCAAGCUGCUGCUAUGGUCUGCCCCGAAUCGCGGAAGCGUUUAGUUUUUCCUAGGGAUGACCUGAGGAAAGGGGAAGCAGACUAGACAACAAUAUGGCGGUCUCUCUAGUUGAAAGGAUCCCGUAAAGGGGUGAUCGGCCAGGAGUACAAGGUAGAGUGGCGUAAUAUGAGCAAAGGGACUGAGUUUGGAAAAGGUGGUGCACAGCGACAGUCUGCGGACCCAAUAGGGCAUCCACUACCGAGAAACCAGGGGUUUCGGCCUGGGCUCAGAGGUACCAGAGGUGGAAGUCCAUCCAAUUUGCAAGGCCACAACGCAGCCUAGCGGCUACGAAGGAUGUCACUCAUGGAAUUAGGGACUUAAAAUACUAUUCAUAAUCUAAUCUAAUAAUUUUGGAUACCAGUGCAUAAUUGAAAUGGAUUCUUUAGAAUCUGCCACUGCUGCUAGAGCUGCUUUGGAUGGUCAGCAUAUAUACAGCGGAUGCAACUUAAUCAAGGCGGAAUAUAGCCCUAUGACAUUGCUUGUACAAGACAAAGGGGAACUUGAAGAGGAAGAAGAAAAAAGUUUAAAUGAAGAAGAUAUCAGUAACGUCGUUUUUCUACAUAACAUGGCUGAUAAAGUUACACCUGAUAUGCUUUUCAACUUAUUUUCUUUAUAUGGAAACGUUUUACGAGUCAAAAUUUUCUUUAAACGAAGGGAUAUGGGGCUUGUCCAGUUUGAAGAUCACCAGCAAGCUGUUUUAGCAAUUAACAACCUGAAUAACUUGCCUUUUAUGGGCCAAACGCUUCUAGUUUCUAUUUCACGCAACAGUUUUAUUAAUAUGCCUUCUAGCGAGAGGAAAGCAGCUUUAUGCAAAGAUUUUGGAAACUCAGCUUUUCAACGUUUUAAAAUUGCAGGGUCGAAGAACUUUCAAAAUAUAUUCCCGCCUUCAAAUAUUUUGCAUUUGUCUAACCUAUUCUUUUUUUUAUAUAAAUAGGCUUUGGUAUAGGAUUUUAGUAGAAAUUGGAAUAAUUAUAGGAACUUGUAUAUCUGAAAAUAUGGAUGAGCACUUUUUUAGAAAUCUGUUUGCGGAACAAGCAGAAUUAGUUGGUCUUAAAUAUAUAGGUGAGGGCAGACGAAUGGCACUUGCUAAAUUCAAGAGUAUUGCUGAUGCAGUCAUGGUUCUUGUUUAUCAUCAUAACGAAAAUCUUAACGGCCGGCUGUUGAAAAUCGCUUUUUCUAAAGCAAACUUUUAG